AUGGCUUCUGCUAGUAAGUCUGUGCUUGUUUCAUUACUUUUGGUGGUGUUCCUCACGAUCAAUGUCGAACCAUCACUGAGUCAAAGCACACAGCAACUGAUCGAGAAGAUAUGCCGGUCCACAGAGGACUAUGGCUUUUGCAGGACAACAUUCCAAGCACACUUGAAGUCCCCAAAUGCUGAUAUAGUCGCUCUAACACAGAUAACCGUAGAGGUUGCAGUAGAUCACUCAACCAAAACUCACAACUUUAUCAGGCAGACCAUUGCAACAACAAAAGACCCGGUAUUGAAGAAAGCUCUCUCCGAGUGUGAGAAUGCUUAUGGUCUAAUCAUGCAGGCAUUUGACUUGGCAGCGGUGUCGUUUUUCAGCAGGGACUACAGCAGUGUGGAGAAGGAGGAGCGCAUAACGCCGCGAGCAGAAGCGAGCUGCAGGGCAACACUCACUACGCCACCGAUCAGUAAGCAGCAUGGCAUUCUGGACGAAAGAAGCAGGGAAAUGAGGAUUUUCAUUGUCAUGUCUCUGAAUGCUGUGCAGGAUCUCCUUCGACCAAGGUCUUUAGGACCUGCUGCUGCACCUGCUCUGCUCUAA